AUGUCUGACACUGACCGUGGAAACCUGGCCCCAGGUGGCCGGGAGAGCCCCGUGGGCGAGCUGGCAGCCCGGGGCAGGGCAGCGGGAGCCGAAGAGGCGGUGGUCCAUGACGCUGGGCCCCCCGGGGACGGGGAUGAGGCGGCCGGGGCGGGGGGAGAUGGACGGGCCGUGGGGAGCCCGGGGGAGGCGGCCGGGGCGGGGGGAGUCCCGGAGGGCAGCGUCGUGGAGGAGGACUCCGACAUCGGGCCGGCUGACGAGGGGGAGGAGAACGCGGAGCAGGGCCCGGAGGUGGCGGUGGACGCCUACCAGCUACCCAUGGUGGGCUUCCGCUUCAUGUUCCUGAACCUGGUGCGCACGCUGCUGCACCGCCUGUACUACAACGACCACGUCCUGGUGCGACCCCGCGGCACCGGCAGGAUGGUCUGGCCCAGGCACCAGAGGCCCAGGCGGGCGGCCCAGAUCCGUGUGCUCUUGGUGCCCGAGGCCUCUGGAGAAGGGGGCGCGGCCGCGGGGCCCGAAGGCUCUAGAGAAGGGGCCCCCGCCCCGGAGGAGCCCGAGGGCCAGGCCGAGGCCCAGGAGCAGUCUGCCGCUGGGGAGACGGAGGAGGCGGCGGAGGAGGAGCUGGUGCUGGAGGCCGAAGGCCCAGAGGGUGAGGACUGGGCGGAGCGGAGGGGAGGACGUGGAGUCAGAAGGCCCCAUGGCGGGCGGGCCACCGCGGGGGCGCUGGCGGGUCCAGCUCACUCACUCGCUCACUCGCUCACUCACUCGGAGACAACUAAAUAUCAGCAUGAAAACUCUGAGGAAGAGGCCCAAGAUGCUGAAAGUAAUGAAGAACAAGAGGAAUUUAACAAAAAACAAGAAGGACCCAAAAAGGAUGAGGAAUCAGCAGAGAGCAGGUCCGGAAAAUCCAAGUGUCUGUGUGUAGCUUUGAAAAUCACCCAACCAUUCCUAGCAUUUACCUGUUCCUGA